CCAGUUACCAUUAACACCUCGACGGCCUUUGAACGAUGCCAUCCAGCGGCGGGGGCAAGGUGUACUAUGUCACGCGCAAGGUGCGCGGUGGUGCGCAGCUGGGCAAGGCGGUGAAGGGGUCGAGCAAGGACAAGAAGGGCAAGAAGGACGGCAAGGGCAUGACGGACGAGGAGCGGCGGCUCGCGGAUUCGAUCAACCGGCUCGAGAUGAGCGACUACUUGAAGAAACUGGCCGUGACCAAGAAGGCGCAGCUCAAGGAGUUUAUGGAGAAGGAGCAAAAGAUCUCCAAGAUGAACAAACUCAAGAUUCAGAACCACUGGCGCAAGAUCAUGCGCCUCGUCAAGGUCGAAGCUCUGCGAAAAGACGUCGAGAUCAAGUCCCAGAACCACGAGCGCGACGUGGACCGCAAGGACGCGAUCAUCCAAAUGCUGGACCGCGACCUGGAAGAGGCCGAGGAGCAGUUCCAGAUGGCGCUGCGGUCGCAUCUGUUGAACGUCGAUCAUCUGAUCGACCUCCAGGACGGCCGCCUCUUGGGGCUCGAAGACGAGUUUGAAAAGGAUCUGCACGCGUUGGAGCGUGAGUUUAGCGUCGAGCGCGACAAAAUUCACAAGCAACACACGGUGGAGAAGAACGAGCUGCUCAGCAUCAUGAGGGCGGUGGAGACUCAAGAAAAGGAGCGCGAGGCUGAGGCGAGGCAAGAGCAUGAACAGCUGCGCGAAGAAAUCCGCAACAAAAACCUCGAAGACAUCAACGUGUUGCGUAUCACGCUGGACAGCAACAUUGAAGAGUUGGAGCAACAUUUCGAAACGGCACAUCUCAAUUACUUGCAAAACACGGACCAGCGCACGCAGGAUUUCAAGUACUUGACCGCAAAGGACCAAGAGCUGAGCAAGGACAUUGAGAUCAAGAUCCGCAAGAUCGAGCGGCUGCAGGCCAACUUGACGCAGUGGCGGACCAAGAUUGCACAAAACGUGCGCGAGUGCACGGACCGCAACAAGGCGCUGGAGGAGGAGAAGAGCCAGAUCGGCGGCCACUUUCAGUCGCUCAAGGCCAAGAUGAACCGCAUGCGCGACGAGCACAAGAAGCGCCUCACAACCCUAAGCCACAACGCCCGGGAAACCAACCUUAAGCUGACGGCGUCACAGGAGCUCGCCGAACGCAUCCUCAAGCUGGGCGAACUCGCGCGAAAGCUCGAGACCGAGCGCGAGCAGGUGCUGCCGUUCUACCACUCGACCAUCGAAGACGCCCAGCAGGCCGCGGACGACGUGAACGCGCUCAAGCAAGGCAUCGCCGUGGCGACGAGUGGCAGUGGCGCCGUGGACAACCACUUGAAGCUUGGCUUGAUCCAGCCGCACGGGAGUUUUGCCACGGGCGAGGCCGUGUCCGAGUGGGAGUACUUGGAUUUGUUCUGGAAGCGCUACAACAAGGCGCUGUUGGACGCGAUGGCAAUUCAAAACGAAAAGGCGCGCGUCGAAGUCGAGAACCGAGAGCUCCAGGCCGUGCUCAAGCAGUACCUGGACGGCAUCUCCGUGAACGAGCAAGUCAUGAGCAGCAUCAACCCCCUCCUCGUCGUGAACGGACGGCUCACGCUCAACCAGAGCAACACGCCCGCCACGACAGAGCUCACCCACACGAUUGUCGAUGCCAACCACAUGGUGUCCACCAACCGAGUAUCGGGGCGUCAUGCGUAGCAGCAUCUUCUCUUGUAUAUGCGUUCAUAUGUAGCGAGCUAGUAGAGUACGUAGCCUCGCCUACUAUGCGAAUCGAUCGAGAACAGCUCGUGUUUGCAAGGGUAGUUCAUAAAUCAUAGAAUAGCCCACCUUGUGAGUCUCCUUCCGUAGCUUAUCCAGCACACGUCCACGGCGAGUUCUGCAUGUCAAGUUGUCGGCAACAAG